GGCCAUCCUGGCCCUGGCCGUGCUGGGCCGCGCCCGACGAGGCUCGCCGUCCCGUGCGGCGGCCAUGGCGCCCUCCGAGGUGGCCUCCGAAGUCGGCGGCGGAGCGGCCUUCCGGGACGCGGAAGGCUUCCCAGUCGUAGGUGGCCGUUGCUCCCUGAGGGAGUGCAACGUCCACGAUUUCCUGCCAGUGGUGUGUGGCUUCUGCCAGGCGCCCUUCUGCGACCUGCAUGCGGCGCCAGACCAGCACAGCUGCCAGCGCGCCCCGCCUGCAGUCGCCGGUCGCCGCGCCACCGUGUGCCCCGCGUGCGAGGAGACCCUCCGGUGGGACACCGCGGACUCCACGGAGGAGUCCACCCUGGAGGCACACCUGGCCGCGUGCCCGGGCCGACGGCGCCCGAGGGAGCUGUGCCCGAACCCGCGCUGCGGGGUCGAGCUCGGCCUGCUCAACGCGUUCACCUGCGCCACCUGCCAGCAGAGGGUGUGUAUCGGAGGACACCGCUUCGAGGACGACGCCCACCCCUGCCGACGGCCGCGGCCCGCGCCCCCGGCGGCGGGCGAGCCCGCGGGGGCCGGCGCGGGGGCGGGGGGCGCGCCGCCGCUGCGCGGCCUGGCGGGGCCGAGCGGGCUCGCCGAGGCGAGAGCUCAGCUGGGUGGCACCACCGUGGCGCGCGGGGAGUGCCUAUACUCGACCGUCGUGGUCUCGGCUGGCCCUCCUACGAGCACUGGAGGGCGGGCCUGGCGCCGCCGAGGUGUAACAAGCGCGCGGCAGUGGUCUGUGCCACUCUCGGGCACAGCCAGGACCCCAGGUGACGGGACCCGGUCAGUAGCGGGGCCCUGGAGCACCUAAGUUUGCCAGACUCGCUACACCAGGUCUGCCGUUUAGCUGGUGCCUUUUCGGUUGACGGCUGUUCCGGUUAGUGGAAUGGGCGGGGGGGGCGUCCCCCAACAUACAUCACUAAACCAGGUCCCA